AUGGCUAGCUUCUCCACAGCACAACCGCUCUCCCUGCCACGUCACCCAACACUCUCAAACCCGAAUCAACCAACCGCCAAUAACGAACGCUCCCGCCACACUCUCUCUCUGAUCGACAAAUGUUCAGAAAUCCGAAUACUGAAGCAGAUCCAUGCCCAAAUGAUCCGCACCGGUCUCUUCAACGACCCUUUCUCAGCCAGCAAGAUAUUCUCCAUCGCCGCGCUCUCUCCCUUCGCGAGCCUCGAUUACGCCCGCAAGGUGUUCGACCAAAUUCCUCAACCAAACUCUUUCUCCUGGAACACGCUCAUCCGCGCUUACGCUUCCGGACCCGACCCGGCUCGGAGCAUCCGGGUUUUCUUGGAUAUGCUCUCCGAGAGCCACUGUCACCCGAACAAGUACACUUUCCCUUUCCUCAUCAAAGCGGCUGCAGAAGUUUCCUCUCUAUCUCUAGCUCAAUCCCUUCAUGCGAUGGCGGUUAAAUCCGCGGUGGGAUUUGACGUCUUCGUCGCGAAUUCUCUAAUACAUUGUUACUUCUCCUGCGGGGAUUUGGAUUCGGCUUGUAAAGUGUUCACCACGAUUCAAGACAAAGACGUGGUUUCUUGGAACUCGAUGAUUACUGGGUUUGUGCAGAGAGGUUCUCCAGAUAAGGCCUUGGAGCUUUUCAAGAAGAUGGAGACAGAGGACGCUGUUAUCAAGGCGAGUCAUGUGACGAUGGUCGGUGUCUUGUCCGCUUGCGCAAAGCUGCGGAAUCUUGAAUUUGGGAGGGAGGUUUGUGCUUACAUCGUGGAGAAGAGAGUGAACACAAACUUGACUCUGGCUAAUGCGAUGCUUGACAUGUACACAAAGUGUGGAAGCAUAGAGGAAGCGAAAACGCUGUUCGAUUCAAUGGAGGUGAAAGAUAACGUGACGUGGACGACAAUGCUUGAUGGUUACGCGAUUUUGGAAGACUAUGAAGCAGCUAGAGAUGUUCUCAACGCUAUGCCUAAGAAGGACAUUGUUGCUUGGAAUGCUCUUAUAUCUGCUUAUGAGCAGAACGGUAAACCUAACGAGGCGCUCUCAGUGUUCCAUGAGCUUCAGCUUCAGAAGAACAUAAAGCUGAAUCAGAUCACCUUGGUGAGUACGUUAUCGGCUUGUGCUCAGGUAGGGGCGUUGGAGUUAGGUAGAUGGAUCCAUAGCUACAUCAAGAAGAAUGGUAUUAGGUUGAAUUUUUAUGUCACGAGCGCGUUGAUUCAUAUGUAUUCGAAGUGUGGAGAUCUUGAGAAGGCGCGUGAUGUGUUUAGCUCUGUGGAGAAGAGAGAUGUGUUUGUGUGGAGUGCGAUGAUUGGUGGCUUGGCGAUGCACGGAUGUGGCAACGAAGCUGUUGAUAUGUUCUUUAGAAUGGAAGAGGCUAAUGUAAAGCCUAAUGGCGUGACGUUCACGAAUGUGUUCUGUGGUUGUAGCCAUAGCGGUUUGGUGGAUGAAGCUGAGUCUUUGUUCAAGGAAAUGGAAUCGAGUUAUGGUAUAGUCCCUGAGGAGAAGCAUUACGCUUGCAUUGUUGAUGUUCUUGGUCGCUCUGGUUAUCUUGAAAAGGCUGUGAAGUUCAUAGAGGCGAUGCCGAUUCCUCCAAGUGCUUCUGUUUGGGGAGCGCUUCUUGGAGCUUGCAAGAUCCACGCCAAUCUGAGUCUAGCUGAAACGGCGUGUACACGGUUGCUUGAGCUUGAGCCGAGGAACGAUGGCGCGCACGUUCUGCUUUCGAACAUAUACGCGAAGUCCGGGAAAUGGGAGAGCGUCUCUGAGCUGAGGAAGCACAUGAGAGUCACUGGGCUGAAGAAAGAACCUGGAUGCAGCUCGAUCGAAAUCGACGGCACGAUUCACGAGUUUCUCUCUGGGGAUAAUGCUCAUCCGAUGUCUGAGAGAGUGUAUGGGAAGUUACAUGAGGUUAUGGAGAGAUUGAAGUCGAAUGGUUAUGAGCCAGAGAUGUCUCAGGUUCUGCAGAUCAUUGAGGAAGAGGAAAUGAAAGAGCAGUCUCUGAAACUGCAUAGUGAGAAGCUGGCGAUUUGUUAUGGAUUGAUAUCUACAGAGGCUCCGAAGACGAUUCGGGUUAUCAAGAAUUUAAGAGUGUGUGGAGAUUGUCAUUCAGUUGCUAAGCUAAUAUCUCAGAUCUAUGAUAGAGAGAUAAUAGUUAGGGAUCGGUAUCGGUUUCACCAUUUCAGAAAUGGGCAGUGUUCUUGUAACGAUUUCUGGUGA